CGUAUGAUAUGAGUGCGUAUUUGGCUGCAAUCGACGACACACCUUUCUAAUCGUUCAGAGACUAUAGACACAGUUUAGUAAUUAAGAUUCUGUUAUUUGUUUUUGCUGAAGAACAAACAGUCCAUUGGAAUUCAAGAUGGUGACGACAAAAGUGCUCUACUUCAGUUUGACAGCCUCGGUAGCUAUCGCCCUGGCUGCCAUAAUAUUCAUAAUCGUCGACAAAACAACUUAUUGCCGUGAUGGAACGUCAAAACCCAACACGGCUGUGUCUUACGAGGAUGGAACGGUAGUGUGCCUACCUGGUUACGUUUUCUCAGACGGUCAAUCCACACAUUACAUCACGUGCGACUCACCUCCUUAUUGGAAUUGGAAUCAAGUUCCACAGUGCAUCAAAGUAAACGAAGCUUAUGCGUGGAAGUGCCCAGUUCAGUCACCCGAAUUUGAACUUGCCGGAGAAAUCCUCAUUUAUCAGGCAACCCCUCUCGAUGCUAUUCACGUUCAAGGCAAUGUUACGGGUCUAAAUAGUUCGGCUAUUCAAGUUAUCAACGUUGAGGACACCAAUAAAACGUGCCAUAUAACUGAUGAGCUAGGCACAUCGGACAUAAUGAAGGAUGGCCUAGUUAUUGAUGGAAAUAUCCUUCGAAUCAAUGAGAUUAUAUCCAAUCCAAUGAUGAUCAAGGAGACGUUCCAGUUUUACAUCCGAGCCAUUGGAUCCCAGCACGUACAACAGAAGCGAAACGACCAAUUUGACGGUGUGGCCGUUUUCGUUCUUGAACAAAAUCAAAAGACGGUUGGGGUUUUCAGUGCAAAUUCACCCACAUCGAUCUAAGUGGAAAAUAUGUGCAUUAAUCUAUCAAUAAUCAAAAUACUACUUUAAAAGUUUGAAAAAAUGUUUCGAUUUCAAAUUUCAAUACAUUUCCCGCCCGCUGAAAUCUGACUGAUGUGGCAACUACGCAUUAAUUAUUUAGCAGGCGACGAUAGCCAUGUGUGAAAGUUCGUUUAUCUUUAUCCGGUUUGUUUAUUAAAUUAGAAAAAUGAAAACCACGGCCUAAUGGUUUGAAUUUGAAAAAAUCAGUAUAUACCUUCGUUUAAUUUGAAAAAUGUGGAACUUUCGCCUAGCUUACGCACGCUCAAAUGUUAUGUUAAAGCAAUGCAUACCAUCGAAAAUUUCUCUGAAUCAAGAGUCGAUGUUAUUAAAUCGAAGCCUUUCGAGCGAUAGCACUAAUAGUAGACCAAAUCCAUUUCUCAGCGCCUUUGGAGCUCGCCUAUUCCGUGCCUUUGAUCGUAAUUUAAGAUCUUUAUUCAAGAUUGGAAGAUGUACCAGAAAUUCAGUAUUUGGUACCCUUCUGGAAAACAGACUAAUUCAGGUAGUGCUUGUAGACUUUGGACGUUUAGUUACCAAAAAUAGAGAUAUGCUACUUAGUGCCACAUGCCUCUCUGUCUACAACUGGGAAGACAGCUUUCUGCGUGACGAGCAGAUUGAAGAUCUUGCUAGUGAUGUGGCUUUCAUAAAGCAAUUGACACUUGAAACUCUUACUUGCAAGUCAUGUCAAAAACGACUACGAAUCGAUCAGAAAAUACCAGGUGUUAUUUACUGCACCUGCCCAGAUAGUAAACCUUCAAACACAGAAGUAGAUGGUUGGAAACCAUUUAUCGAAAGAUCAAAUACUCUGGUAUGGAGAAAGGAGCAUGAGACUUACAAAGGAUUGUAUGCAUACAAAAUGUAUGCACGUUUUGAAACGGUAAAAGCCAUGGAUUUUCUCCGUGCCCAACUCGACACUAAUUUCAGGAAGCAAUGGGAUACAUCAGCAACUCAACUCAAGAUUAUAGAAGAAAAUAAAGAAACUAAUACUGAUCUAGUCUAUUGGGAAAUGCGGUGGCCGAAACCAUUUGCAAAUCGUGAUUAUGUGUUCGAAAGGAAGCUGACAUUCAUUCCCAAAGAAAAUGUGUGUGUUAUAUCUAGUUUGGCCACAUCUCAUCCUUCAAUCCCAGUCAACAAAUCAGUGUAUCGAGUCACAGAGUACUGGAGUUAUAUGGUAGUAAAACCAUUCAUUGAUUUUGAAAAACCUGGCACUGAAUUUGUUCUGACAUACUUCGAUAACCCUGGUUUGUCUAUCCCUUCCUCGGUCUCGACUUGGGUUGCCAUGACAGGACUUCCAAAUUUUGUGGGCAAAUUGAGUGAAGCGGCUAGUCAAGUAACCGAUUUAGACAGUCCUGAACCCGCUCUGAUGCACUGCCUUCGAGCUCAGAUCGAAGCAAAUCGAGGAAAUGUAGUGACGUCCGUCGACAUUGAGGAAAUGAUUACAAUAGAGCUGCCCUCCGGUGAUGAGAUGACAUCGUCAGGGCAACCAGUUAAAAUCCAAGAAGAGAUAUCGUCAGUGACUAUUGUUGAAGCAACAUCAACUCUGACCGAAGAAGAUCUUAAACUACCGGAGCCAGUUACAACACAAGGAGACAUAUCAUCCCCUGUCAUUGUGGAAGCUGAGUCAACUUCAGCAGAAAAGCAAAAUCAGUCCUCUAUUCUCAGUGGCCCCCUCCAGUCUCCGACGUCACGCGAUUCAAAAAUGACUGCGGAUUUAGCAGACACGAAUGUAAAUCAGGAAUCGACCAAUUCUCAGGAUGAAACUGUUAAAAUGACACCGACACUGACUCCUCCCGUCAGCCCCGCUGUUAACGAUUCCCCAUCCAUCUCUAAUUCUCCCGUCAGCUCAACUGCUCCCAAUUCUUGUAGCGAUAAUACCCAGUUUUUAGCUAGAAGCCCAGUUUAUGCAUAGUCUACGGCACACCCAAAUGUAAAUGUCUUAUUCUUGGCCAGUGCCAACAGCCCUUAUGGAACUUUGCUUUGUACCCUACCUUUAUAUAUUGGUAAUUCUUCUCCCCGUAUUUGCUUUGACACAGUUGGGCUUUCUUUCGUGUCGGUGAAAAAAACAGCAGUCUGUGAAUGGCACUGAACAUCCAUCUUCCAUCUAUGGAUGUUGCUAAAUCUGAAAUUAAAGUGAACUUGUACGUGAUAAAUGUCAAGUUGUAAGAAAUCAUAUGAAAGUCUAUUCAGUUGUCCAAUUAUAUUUGAGAAAGAAAUCUUUA